AUGUUACCGACACAAACAAAGACGCGCGCUCAAACCAAAUCAUCCGGAGCGACCGUCCGGCGCGCGCUCAGCGAGACGGACGCGGCGCAUGCAAUAUUAAACCGCCGCGUCUGCCCGUGCCAAGACGCCCGCCCCCAGGCUCCGCGGCCAUCGGAGCUCUCCCUCAAGGUGACACUUCAAAGGGGCUCCUCUGUCGGCAUGGAUCCAGCCUCCGCUACACCCCCUCCCUGCACCUCCACCUCCACCUCCUGCUCCAUCCUCAGCGUUUUAUACUGCCACCUCUAG